AUGUCUUCCAUCUUCGCCAUCGCCGGUUACACCUGUGCCCCCGCAACCAUCACCUACGAUGAUGACGAUAACCUCAUCAACGUCGUGAUGAACCUUGGUCCCAAGGGAACAUACACUUACAAGACUGACAACAUCCCCUCUGGGAAUCUUCACCCGUUCGCCGGUCAGAUCUUCUACAACGACCUGGCCACUCUUGACACCACACAGGGUGUCGGAUACAAGCUUCGCACCGGCGGAAAGUAUGCCGUCGUAACGAUCGGCGACGAGGAUCAGCCCACCACGGCAGUGGUUGCUGCCUACAACGAGAGGAUCGUAGGGAAGAAGUCGAACGAGGGCGAAGGCGACUGGACUCUGGCGCAAGUAAAGGCCGGGCGUCGGAGUCCCAAGGCGCCUGCGUCGUCGGCAGGAGACGACUACUAG